AUGUCCAAGGUCUCAGACUCCAGCAACAUUCAAUACAGGUCAGUGGAGCCAGCACUCAGAAGUGAAGAUGAAGAUGUAUAUCAGCCAGAGCUCAGUAAGAGCAGUAAAGAUGAAAAUGAUAAGAAUACCAGCAACCUGGAUGAACAUUCAGCAGGUGAUACACCAGUUGCCAAUACUCAGACUUCUGAUUCAGAACAUGAACAUCCACAGGAAGAGUUCUGGCACAAGCAGUUCUAUCUGCUAUUGUUUCUGCAUGAUCUGGGGUCCAUGACACUAGAGUCAUAUCAGUGCUCCCCACUUCACCACCAGGAUCUGCUCUACUGCCAGUUCUACAACAUCAUCAAGAAGAUCUUUAUGGCCAGCAAGCAUUCCCCAUUUGCAAAUGAGAAUCUGGACAUAUUGGCUCUAGAUUCCAGGCUGAUACAGAUCUGGCAGCAUAUUGGAAAGGCCAUCAGCCAUUCCUCUCUGGUCUUGCUGCACAUAUACAUCUACAUCAAGCAACAGUACCAUGUUACCAUUUCCAACUGCUGCCAGCAGUUCUACAGGACUCAGAAGAAGUACCAGAUCACUGCUGCUGUUCUGCAGGCCAUGAAUUAA